AUGGAUUAUGAUGGCUGUUAUUUGUCUAAAAUUAUUCGUUUAAUUGUGAAAAGUGACAGAUAUAAUCUUUCUGAAAUCGCCUUAACAUUAAGGCUUAAUAAACAUGCUGAAAAGGAAAUUUUGCAUACUACUGGAUUUGGUUUUUUUGCCUUCCUGAAGAGGAUGCAUGUUGCAGCUCCUAAAUUUGCUUAUUAUACUUUUGUUUGUUUUAAUGAUGCAAGCUUGUUUCCCGUUCUUCUUCUUCUUCUUCAACACACUUUAGUUGUACCAAAUCAAGGCAUCUCUAUCGUGAAGAAGACUUUUUCAAAAAUAACGACUUCCUGCAUUUUGUUGACAGUCCUAGGGUCACAAUCUCCCAUCCAACGAUCUCCUGCACCAAAUAUUUGGUUUAAAAGUUAUCCAACUCAAUGCUUCGUUAUUUUAGUGAAACAGGGCAUUACAGCUGAAAUGCUGGAAGGAGCUAAAGGAAGUUACAUUUGCCUUGCCUUAAAAAGCCACACACAUGAAUGCUUUUGGAGGAAAAUGAGAUUAAUGAGGGGCGUGAAAUAG